UGGUUCAUUCACCGGUUGACAGAAUACUUGUUGGCUUUUGCGUAAAAUUAUAGAAAACAUCUUUUAUUUUAUUCGGUUGGUUUCUUUUUCUUUCUUUUCAAACUGGAAAUAUUUUAGAAUAAAUAAUCACUUGUACUUGACACACACUCUUCGAGGUUAAAUAACGAGGACUUGCUUUUGAAAUAGCACGUGGGAUAGAGAUCGGAGACAUGGUCGUGUUUACGUGUGGCCAUUGCGGCGAGUCUGUGAACAAGCCUAAAGUUGAGAAACAUUAUAUGACCAAAUGUAGAAAUAGGCCCCAUAACUUAUCAUGCAUGGAUUGUUUCAAGGACUUUCUAGGUAAUGACUACGAGGCUCAUACUAAAUGUAUAACUGAAGAAGAACGCUACUCAGGGAAAGGUUUUGUUGCUAAGGAAAAGAAAGGAGAAAAGAAGCAAAAUGUAUGGGUGGAAAUGCUUCAAGAGGUAUUGGAACAACAAAAAAGUGCUCCGGCUAAUGUUAGAAGGAUAAUUGAGACGGUCAGCAAGCAUAAUAAUACUCCUAGGAAAAAACCAAAAUUCAUCAACUUUGUCAAAAAUGUCUGCGGACAGAAAACUCAUCCAAAUGAUAUUAACCAAGCAUGGGAUAUGAUCUCUGUUAAACUGAGUGAGCUAUCAGCAAUGAAUGCUAGGCCGAAUCAAAAUCAACAAAAUAAGAAAUCUGAAGAUGAUGAAAAUAAUGAGAUAAAAGAGAAUGGAGUUAGGGAAAAUGGUAAAACUGAUGAUCAUGAGGAAAAUGGAGAUGUUGAAGUUAAAAAUGGAGAAGUAGAGAAAGUUGGAGAAACUGAAGAAAAGAACAGUAAGAAAUCUAAGAAGCAGCGUAAAGAAGAGAAAAAGCGUCAGAAGUAUGAAGCAGAAUUGCAGAGCGCAGCUCAGGAGCCUGGAGAGGAAGAGGAAGAACCGCAGCCCACUAAGAAAGAAAAAAAGAAGAAAAACAGAGCUGAAUCCAUCAGCAAUGGUGAUGCUGAGGAUCUUAAAGAAGAAGAUAACAAAAAUAAAAAACGUAAAAGACAAGAUACCAUCAAUGCUGUUCAGGAAGUCAACAAUGCUGUUGAAAAUGGUGACAAUGAAGCUGAAAUGCCUGUUAGCAGGGUCACCCAGAAAAAGAAGAAAACUAAGAGCACUGGAGAAACCGAAGAGGCUGAAGAAAGCAUCUGUCUACAUGACCAGAAUGUAGCAAAGAUUGGUGAAUUAGAUAUCCGAAAAGAUAAAUUCAAUUGGCACGCUGUUAUUAUGUCUGUACUUGAAAAGAAAGGAGAGGUGCAGUUCAAAAGGCUUCAGAAGAAAGUUCUAGGGGAAUAUCAGGAAGCAACAGGGCAAGAUAUUGAUGAUAGGAUUGCUGAAAAGUUCAUUAAGAAAUUGAAAAGUGCACCCAAUGUUAGGGUGGACAAGAAUAGGGUUGUUCUUGUGGACUAGAAUUUUGUUAUUAAACUUCUCUGGGUAUAAAAACUUGGGUAAGGUUGCCAAAAUUAUUGUUCACUGCUAAUUUUAUGGAUUUUAGAUUUGUAUUUUAGAUUUCUGUUGUAAUUGUGUGAGUUUUUCAACAUACUCAAAAAUGUCUACCCAAAUGAAAGUCAAGUACUCAUAUAAAGUUUAAUUUACAUUAGAUACUUUUGUGUUAUGGUUCCAUCAUCAUCCGCAACUUGCAUUGAAUAAUAGCAUUGCUAGAUUGCGCUGACAUUAUGUCAACAGUUGUACUAUAUUAUAUUCACUAUCUAUACCUGUCAGCAUCAUGGAACAAAGCUGUUAUUUUGACUUUAAAAAUUUAGUAAUCAGAUCACUGCCAUCUACACAAUUUACUUUAUCUAAUUCUGACCAUCAGGUGUAAGAGUAAAUAGUGUGAGUCUCUAUUAAUUAUUAUGAGAUUACCAUGUGUCUGUGAAACUGUAAAUGAUGUGUACUUUUAUGAACUUUCGCGAGUCCACACAGAAAGAGUGGUUUUGAUGAACAUUUAUUUUAUCAACCAAAACUCACUAACUAUAAAAAUAAUUAAUUAAAAAAUCAACCUUGUUUUGUUACUAGUACAGUUCACUUAUGUUAUGGCUUUGUGGUAGUAUAAUUACCUAGUUCUGGUUGAAUUAGUUGUCACUUGGAAGAUUUGAAAAUACGGUUCUCUAUUAUAUUUUGAGGAAAAAAUACCUAAAUUUGAUUUUUUUUCUCAAACUGCUGUCAUGUUACUUACUGUUAUCGAAUUUUCUAGAUAUCACUUUGUUCAGUUUGUGUUUUAAUAAUUUUAAUUCUACUCAAUAAUUUCGGUGGCCUUAUUCAGUACCGAGCCAUUUUACUUAAUCAUGCCUCUGAUGCUUCCAGUUUUAUAUGUAUUUCAUAUUUAAUGUACUCUUAAAGAUUGUCCUGUAAAACAGACUGCCAAUAAACAUGCGUCACCUUUA